UGUUGGGCGGUUUAGGCUUCUAUGUGGUUUCUGCGUUCUGCUCCUAAACUUGUUAUCCGGGUUACGUGGAGUAGAAAUCAAACGCACCGUGCUCGAGACCUGCCACAUACUAGCUAAACAUUAGCCAGCGGUUAGCAUCUGGCUGCACAGAUAUGUCAUUUUGUCCAGAAAAGGGGGGACUUUCAUAUUUUUGCUAGUCACGAUGACAAGUGGGGAGAAUGGGAUGGAGCCGUGGAACAAGCCUCCGAUCUGCAGCAGACGGAUUCUUAAUUUACAAUUAAAGUACUAACAAGUAGAAGACCAUCUACAUCAUGGGAAGGAUCAGCUUUUCGUGCCUUUUCCCAGCCUCGUGGCACUUCAGCCUGUCGUCCCAGGUUCUUCCUCGGCUCCCGACACCUUCCCUCAGACAGCUGCUCUUCAUCAGCCUGGUGCUCUGCCUCAUGGGACUGCUCUACCUGCUGCUUGUCACUGGGAAGGGGCACGCCAGCUGGAUCAGAGAGGAAAAUCACUUCCACAGGCACUUGGCAAAGGUGAGUGAUGUAGAUGCAACAGAUACAAGCAACCCCAACCUGAACUAUGGCCUGGUGGUGGACUGCGGCAGCAGUGGCUCCAGGGUGUUUGUGUACUGCUGGCCCCGGCAUAAUGGCAAUCCCCACGAGCUUCUGGACAUUCGGCAAAUGAGAGAUCAACACCGCAAGCCGGUGGUCAUGAAGAUCAAACCAGGUAUCUCUGAAUUGGCUAAAACACCGGAGAAAGCCAGUGAUUAUAUCUAUCCACUGCUGAGCUUCGCAGCCCAACACAUCCCCAAAAAUAAGCACCAAGAAACACCCUUAUACAUCCUGUGCACAGCCGGAAUGAGAAUCCUUCCCGAAAGUCAACAAGAAGCGCUUCUUGAGGAUCUGCGAACUGACAUCCCGGUCCACUUCAACUUCCUCUUCUCUGACUCCCAUGUGGAAGUGAUUUCUGGAAAACAGGAAGGUGUCUAUGCAUGGAUUGGAAUAAACUUUGUCCUCGGAAGGUUUAACCAUGUGCACAAUGAUGGCGAAGCUGUAGUGGAGGUUCAUGUCCCAGGCAGCGAGCAGCAGGAGGCGUUGAUGAGGAAAAGGACUGCAGGUGUCCUGGACAUGGGCGGGGUCUCCACUCAGAUCGCUUAUGAAGUUCCCAAAACUGUAAGCUUUGCUUCUCCACAGCAGGAGGAAGUUGCCAAGAACUUACUGGCCGAGUUCAACUUGGGGUGUGAUGCACAUCGCACAGAGCAUGUUUAUCGUGUUUACGUGUCCACCUUCCUGGGGUUUGGAGGAAAUGCAGCACGGCAAAGAUACGAGGAGAGUGUCAUCAGAAAUACUACCACGCAAAACAAGCUGUUAGGUCAGCAUACGGGUGAGACGGCGGACUCUCCCCUCCUGGACCCUUGUCUACCUGCAGACCUGCAGGAUGAAAUCGGCCCAUCGACACAGAAGCUGUACCUGCGAGGCACAGGAGACUUUGACACGUGUAGACGGAUCCUCCAGCCGUUCCUCAACCUCACCAACGAGACCCUAACCUCCCUCAGCGGCAUCUACCAGCCAGCCAUCGACUACAUCCACAGUCAGUUCUACGGCUUCUCCGAGUUCUACUACUGCACGGAGGACGUGCUGCGCAUGGGGGGGGAUUAUAACGCUUCCAAGUAUGCCCGGGCUGCCAAGAGUUACUGCUCCACCCAGUGGAAGACUCUGAGGGAACGCUUUGACUCUGGCUUGUAUGCCUCACAUGCUGACCUCCACAGACUGAAAUUGUUCAUUGUUCAUUUUCAUGUCUGCAGGUACCAGUGUUUUAAAUCAGCAUGGAUGUAUGAAGUAUUGCACUCGGGCUUCUCUUUCCCAGCCAAUUAUACAAACCUGAAGACUGCUCUAUUGGUCUAUGAUAAGGAGGUCCAGUGGACUCUUGGAGCUAUUCUCUACAGAACACGCUUUCUGCCUUUGAGGGACAUCCCUCUUGAAAGCCUGAAAGGAGUGCAUUCUCACUGGCGGCACAGCUUCUCCUUUGUCAACAACCACUACUUAUUCCUGGCUUGUUUCUUCAUCGUGUUGUUGUCCAUUAUGCUGUACUUACUGCGACUCCGUCGCAUCCAUCGGCGCUGCGCCCCUUCCUCUGUGCCGUGGUUAGAGGAGGGCCUCGGGUCACCCACACUUCCUAUCAACCUCUAAACUUUCUAGAGCGUAAAAAGUCUGGAAAGCAUGUCUGACUCUGAGGCCAUCUGCUUGUUGAGAAUAUCUAUUGAGAAUUGGACAUAUCGGGAAGAUUAUAUACGAGUCUUCAGGCUUACCUGAGCCAUGAAAAUGUUUUGGGUUUUAAGUUAUUUUUGUUUAGUAAUGACGGGCCUUUUUUAGAAUCCACAUUCUUUCCUCCAGGUGUCUUCUGUUUUAUUUGUUUAAUUAAGACAAACAUAAUGGUACUUUGUUCACUAUCAAAUCUUCAAUCUAUAGUCUAUACUUUGCGUUUCACAAAGUUGGACAUUUGCCUUUCUUUAUGCCUUUUAUGUCUAUGAUCACAUCUUUUCUUUUUAUAGUUAAAUGGUACAAGCACUCGCUAUUUCUACAGGAACCUCAAAUGCAAUGCUAGUUAUAAUUGGUGGAGGGAGGACUUGAGAUGCACUUUCCAGCUGGAAUGUUUUUUUGUUUUUUGGCAUCUCUCCCAAAUUGUUAUGCCUCAACAAGACAAGUAGCCUUUAAGAGCUAUGCUAGUGCAAUACAUGUCCUGUCACUGGUGGGGAACUCUCCAAAACACGUAUUUUCUUUUGUCAAGAAUAGAAGUAUUCAUCUCUCUCUUAAAGCCCUGCUGACAUUCUUCUGUUGGGUCAUCUGACUUUAAAGUUGGUACUUUUGCAUAUAUUUAUGUUUGACUUCAUUUUCAGAAGCCGUCAUAUCACUGCUGUGAGGGGAUUGUAAAUGAGAGCCCGUGCCCCAUUAUUUAUAAGAAAACAAUCAAAGUGAAAUGUUUGCACAGAUGGAGGGGAAAUUAAUGUCACAUUACAAUUCAGUAAUAAAGUUUUUAUGGUA